AUGUCUUCUAGAUCAGAAGCUCUAUCUUCUUACAAAGCCUUGAUAAAGGCUUUAGUGCGCUCCAGCAGACGUGCAAGAAUUGCCCAGGCUGCAGAAGACAACAAGAGACAAAUUACGCUUCUCACAUACAAGAAGAUCAAUGCAGUGAGGCAGCAAGCGCAGGAGAAAGACGCCAAAUCGAAGAUCAAAUUGAUUCCGCAAAUCGGGGCCUUGACGAAAAAAAUUGAGUCGCUCAAGAACCAGGAUCCCGCGAAGUUCAAAAAGUUUCUGUUUUAUGGAAACGUCUCGCAGUUGCGUGAAGCUCUGCUACGAGAUGCACAACCUGAAACACUUAUAAAACGCAUGGAACAUAUCCGAGAUCUUGCAGGGUUUGUGCAAAAUCAAUUGGAGUACGAGCAACUUGUGGAGCGUUACAAUCCAGGUUUAAAUAUGUCGCAGAACGAAAACGUGAAGCGGACUGCGGCGCGUGUGGGACUGCACGUACCGGAAAACUGA